AUGGCCAUGAAGUAUUUGGUCCUAGCAAUUACUAUAAUCAUUGCACUGAAAAAUUGCACUUCAUUUGCACUAGAUAGUGGGGAUACGCUUCUACUGGGUGAUUCGCUCGCUGGAAAUCAGAUCAUAAUAUCAGAGAAUGGCACGUUUGAAUUGGGAUUUUUCAGUCCCAGAGGAACGAAUAAUUGGUAUGUCGGCAUCUGGUACACAAUGUCUCCAGAGGUCGUAGUUUGGGUGGCUAACAGAGAUAAUCCCGUCAAAGGCAUGCCCGGCGUUCUGAAAUUUUCGAGCAACGGUCAUCUCAGAUUGUUUGAUAUAAAUGGUCGGUCAGUGUGGUCGCCUGAUAUCGGCCUGAAAGGAUCGCGGGCAAUAAUAACCGAACCUGGUAAUUUCAUCAUGCUUGGUGACGGCCAAAACAAUUGUGAGAUUGUUUGGGAGAGUUUCACACACCCGACAGAUACAUGGUUGCCUGGCAUGAAGAUGUGGAAAGGCAUGAAGCUAACUUCCUGGAAGAGUUCUGUGGAUCCUGCAAGUGGGAUUUUCUCUUACGGAAUGGACAUGUCUCCAGGGAAGACGCAGAUGGUAUCGGUCUAUAACAACAGUGUUCCAUAUGCCUCAAGUGGAGAGUGGACUGGUAAAUAUUUUACCAAGAUUCCCCAGGUGAAAGGUCAGAAGAGAUUCCGAAUGUUUUGUGAGAGGAUUUCUCCUGAAAGCAUAUACUUCCAUUUUAGCAUAAACCCGGUAGACCAUACCCUCACUGGGCGGCUAACUUUAUCUGAGAGCGGCAUAUUCGAGCUUUUUUAUUUGAUGGAUGAUGGUAUAUGGAGUCUGCGGUGGUCGGUAUACCGAGAUCAAUGUGGUGACUAUGAAAUCUGCGGGGCAUAUGGACUCUGUAAUGCCAAUGCUGUGUGCAGUUGUGUUGAGGGUUUCUCUCCCAAGAAUGACUCUCAAGGCUGGUGGUCAAGUGGGUCUGCUCGGCGAAGAUCCCUGCAAUGCUCUGUCACAACGGGCACCACCGACGGUUUCUUGGAAACCAAGAACCGAUACUUGCCUGAAGAAGAAGCUGUCUCAUACAACAACGAAUCAACAAUGGAAGACUGCAGGACUGCUUGUCUCAACAAUUGCUCCUGUACAGCCUUUUCUUUUGUUAUUUCUGACCUACCAAUCUGUAGACUCUGGUUAGGGGAUUUAUUCAAAAUGCGCGUUUCACCUGACAACCAAUCCAUCUUCGUCAGGCUGGCAUCUUCUGAAUUGCUGCGCUCGACAUCAGAGAGAAGCAGCAAAGCCCCUGUACUCCUUAUUUUAGUUCCUUCACUCGCGGCUUUCUUUGUUGUUUUUGCUCUCCCUUUGGUCGCAUUUAUUCUGUCGAGACGUCAAAGAGUACGGACAGAAAGCGUAGAAGAGGACGUGCCGAUCAUGCUCAAAACGUUCUCUUACAAAGAGCUGCGAGUUGCAACUGGGAAUUUCAGGCAUAAAUUAGGAAGCGGAGCAUUCGGUUCGGUAUUUAAAGGAACACUGCCAGACAGCACGCUUGUGGCGGUUAAAAGAUUAGAGGGUUCGGGAAGACAAGAAAAGCAAUUCCGUGCAGAAAUAAGCACGAUCGGGAGCAUACAGCAUGUAAAUUUGGUAAAGCUCUGUGGAUUCUGCGUAGAAGGCUCUCGAAGGCUACUGGUGUAUGCCUACAUGCCCAACGGCUCUCUGAAUUCCUCCCUUUUCUAUGAAGAGGAAGACGCAGAGAAGGUCUUGGAUUGGAAGACCCGGUUUCAGAUCGCACUAGGCAUUGCACGAGGAUUAGUUUAUCUCCAUGAGGAAUGCAGGGAUCAGAUCAUUCACUGCGAUAUUAAGCCUGAAAACAUUCUUCUGGACGGCGACUUCAACCCCAGGUUAGCUGAUUUUGGGUUGGCAAAGCUGGUAGGCAGAGAUUUCAGCCGUGUAUUGACAACCACAAGAGGAACUCGAGGAUACUUGGCUCCUGAGUGGAUCUCCGGCCUUCCUAUCACUCCCAAGGUGGACGUAUACAGUUUUGGCAUGACGUUAUUGGAGAUUAUAUCGGGUCGUAGAAAUCUGGAUUUAAGGGUGGAAGAGAGCAGGUUGUACUUUCCUACCUGGGCUUCAUCUCAAAUUCAGAGGGGAAACAUAAGAGACAUAGUGGAUGCAAGGAUAGCAAGUGAGGCAAAUAUCGAAGAGGUGAGAAGAGCCGCUGUGGUUGGGGGACUGUGCAUCCAAGACGAUGAGAAUCUGAGGCCAAGCAUGGGUGAAGUUGUCAAAAUAUUGGAAGGGAAGAUGGAGGCUCCGUCGCCACAAAUUCCAAUGCCUCUACAGGUGCUGUUAGAUCAGGUAGACAACAGCAAUGGCGAUAGCUCUAGUAGUCUCUCUUAA